ACCCCAGCGUCAAGAGCAUGCCCCGGUGAGCGCGCUGGGGGCGCCUGCCGGUUUGGGGGUGUCUCCUCCCGGGGCGCCAUGGCGGCGCUGGCCAGUAGCCUGAUCCGGCAGAAGCGGGAGGUCCGCGAGCCCGGGGGCAGCCGGCCGGUGUCGGCGCAGCGGCGCGUGUGUCCCCGCGGCACCAAGUCCCUUUGCCAGAAGCAGCUCGUCAUCCUUCUGUCCAAGGUGCGACUGUGCGGGGGGCGGCCCUCGCGGCCCGACCGCGGCCCUGAGCCUCAGCUCAAAGGCAUCGUCACCAAAUUGUUCUGCCGCCAGGGUUUCUACCUCCAGGCGAAUCCUGACGGGACCAUCCAGGGCACCCCAGAGGACACCAGCUCUUUCACCCACUUCAACCUGAUCCCCGUGGGGCUCCGUGUGGUCACCAUCCAGAGUGCCAAGCUGGGUCACUACAUGGCCAUGAACGCCGAGGGGCUGCUCUACAGCUCGCCGCAUUUCACAGCUGAGUGUCGCUUUAAGGAAUGCGUCUUCGAGAAUUACUACGUCCUGUACGCCUCUGCUCUCUAUCGCCAGCGCCGCUCUGGCCGGGCCUGGUACCUGGGCCUGGACAAGGAGGGCCGAGUCAUGAAGGGAAAUCGAGUCAAGAAGACCAAGGCAGCGGCUCACUUUGUGCCCAAGCUCCUGGAAGUGGCCAUGUACCGGGAGCCUUCUCUCCACAGUGUCCCUGAGACCUCCCCUUCCAGUCCCCCUGCCCCCUGAAAUGUAGUCCGUGGACUGGAGGCUCCUGGCACUUGCACGGAGCCAGCCAUAGCCACCGCCUGUCUCCCAGCCCUGCUCCCGGCCCCGCCCCCACCCAUGCCGCCACACUCAUGCCCUGAGCAGCCAGGUCCCACCAGGUGCUCGAUCCUGAGGGAGCCAAGGGGCUGGUUGUGACUCCCCAGGCUUCCCUGCUCCUCGGGCCUGGGAGUUCAGAGAGGGGGAGGCUGACAGUGGUCCUGGCUGAUCCCUUCUUUCCUUCCACACUCACAGCCCCGCAAAGCCUUUUCCCAAGAAGGCGCCCGGGUUCCCAAAAUGACAGAACCAGGACAUAAAUAUUCCCCACCCCGGGGCUCAGCCAGUUCCUGGAGCCCUAUGCCCUUUUCAUUGCCACUGAACCAUAGAUUUAUAGGUCUACUGGAGCUCAGGAUCAGUUCCCUUUUUUCCCUCCUCCACCUUCUGCCUUGUUCUGGACAGGUUCUGGAACAUCAGGCACCCUAGCCAGGGCCCUUUUUGCACUCAGGCUCUGGGCUGGAAUGCUGGCAUGCUGCCAGGCUCUGUUCUGGAUCCAUCAGGCUUCUGUCCUUGACCCAGAUGGACCCCCUGGUUUCCAGGUAGAGAGGGGCUGGGUAUGAGCCCUGUCCAGCUGCUGGCCUUGGCCUGAACUAGGACCAGUCCCAGAACACCACAGUUUUAACUUUCUUAUCCCAAAGACACCCACUGCUAGAGCAUGGUGUUCUAGACACAUAUGGAGCCACACUUCCUCCUGAAUCUCGGCUCUAGGACGUAGACCAGGACUCAGCCCUUUCCUCCAGGAUGGAAACGAGGCCUGAAUAGCCCUAUUAAUGCUCAUAUAGAGGAAGCUCUAGACCCACCCUCCUACCUUCUCUAGUAAUGCGUUUCUCGGUGAAUCGAGAAACACUUCUUGUUUUUCCUAGGUUUUCUAAAAAUCUGAUUCUUCCUAUAGAAUGCUAACCUUAUUUAUACGUGCAGUUUCUAGCUCCUGCAACUCAGCUGGGGUCCCGCCGGGGAAACAGAGUCUGAGGAAGGGCAGAGGAGUUUGGGCAGGAAUCCUUGGCUCAUAGUAGGGAGGUUGGGAUGGGCAGGGGGCCACAACCGUGGCAUGUUUCGGCUGUGCUUGGGUUGGGGGGGGGGGGGGACAUGAACACUUAGCUACCUCAGCAGGAAUUCCUCCCAGGUCCCCUUUAAAGCUGAGGUCUUUAGGGUAAUGAGUCUAGAAUAAAAAGGAUAAGAGGAGGGACACAACCUUGAUCCCCCAGUGCAGAGACCCCAGUUCAGCAAUAAGUUCCACCCCACUCCCCUACAAAUCAGGCCAAGGAGGGUGAGGGCCUCUCGGGGCUCUAGACCUCAUAUACCCCCAGAGCUUCUAACUGACUAGAACUUGCUUAACUUACAGCUUAUAACCUCAGCUAAGUUUUAGGUACCCAAAAAGGGCCUGACUAGAUUUUCCCAAAAAAGCGUGGAGAGCUUGGGGCAGGCCUGGAAAAGACCAGGAAGCCACCAGUGACUAGGAGGGACACUCUGAGUAACCUCGGACCUGGGCAGGGUAGAGGAGAGGGCCCUAAAGGGAGGGGCUGGGGCUCAGAGGCUGGUCACUUUUCCUCAGGCUCUAUUUCUGGCUUGUUGCAAGAGGGGCUCAUAUUCCCCUCACCCACACAGAACCCGCUCAGGCUCCACCCGUCUCCUGGCUCUGCUCCCAGGGGACAGGGUCUCCACUCCAUGCUUUCUCAAUUAAAGACGAUUUGUACAACGAUUUACACGUUGUCUGUCAUCUGUGGGUGGCGGGCAUUGGCAGUUGCUUGGG